AUGGAGUUGCGUCACAAAUCGCGUGCAAGCAAGCGCACACCGCUGCAUUUUGACCAAUACAAACAAAAGGCACGAACGGUUUCUUCCCCAGCGGAAUUGCUUCCUGGACUCAACGAUAUUUCCGAUGCGUUUGAAGCGCUUCCUAUGGAUCUCAUCAAGUACUUUACGCUACUCAAGGAGAUCGACGCCAAGUGUAUCAACACGAUUCCUCAAAUAAAUGGUCAUAUCAAAAAAUAUUUGGAUGAGGUUCACGCGGACGGAGUGACACCGAAACGAUUGGAAACCAUCGGUCACAAAAUCCACGAGAUUAUUCCUUGUUUAGAGGAAAAAAUGCAUGUGACCACGGUGGCAACCGAUGUGUUGUACAAACAUAUGCAUCGAAUAAAUAACGAUUACCAGAUGAUUCUCGCCAACAAUGAAAUUCCCGAACUGAUCCGAAUCGGACCCCUCAAUCAUCCCGCCAUGAUCAUGGAUUCCAACGCCACCGAAAAUCAAAAUCCCAACCGAUCAGCUCAACUGACGCGCAGUGAAAGUAGAAGAGAAGCAUUGGCUGCCAAGAAGGUGGUGCGCGACGAUGACGACAAGAAACGGCGUCGCGAAGGCAGUCCGCAGGAAGACAAGAAAAAGAAGCAGCGCAGCGAAGAAGGUUCGCGCAGCGGUACUCCUGCGAUUGCGACCACGGCGACAGCAGCGGCGAUGGCCAAAAAACGCACCACCAAACCUCGCCGUGACGACGAAGGGAACUCGGAGCCUACGUACUGUUACUGUAACCAGGUUUCAUUUGGAGAAAUGGUGGGAUGCGACGGGGCAGAUUGCAAACGAGAAUGGUUCCAUUUGCCGUGUAUAGGGUUUAAGAACCCGCCGAAGGGCCGGUGGUACUGCGACGACUGCUUGGCGAAAAUGAAGAAGCGGCGGGUGUGA